AAGAGUGACGUCAGACUGGGUAUAAGAGUUGUGGCCAUGCCUUGGACCUCCUGUUUGUGUUAAGCCCUGGACCCUUUACACCGAAGACCUCCUUUUCACAGGCCAUACGCAAGACUCAGGAGGAGAGACCAGCGAUGGAAUUCCAGUCGAACGUGAUCAACGCGCAGCCUCAGGUCUCCGUCACACAGUACACCGUGUCAGCCGGAGUAUCCGAUUGGAGUUCAAACGUGUGCGACUGCUGUGACGACUGUGGCAUCUGCCUCUGUGCAACAUUCAUCCCUUGUAUCCUGGGCUGCAAGGUGGCUCAGGACAACGGGGACAGCUGUUGCCUGCCUUUCCUUCCGGGUGCCAUGAUUGCUCUUAGGACGAGCAUCCGCGGUAGAUACCAUAUUGAAGGUUCGGUGUGUGACGACUGGGUAAUCAUGGCCUGCCUCCCGCUGUGUGGACUGUGUCAGAUGGCACGUGAGCAGAAGAGGAGAGGAUAAAAAGAUGGGACGUUGAAUCAAACUUUAAAAAUGACAACAACUAUAAAUAAAGAAUAUGUGGUAAAUAAGAAGGAAGGCUUGGAACAGGUCGCAGAAUGUAAUGGAAGGAAAUGCAAAAAUGUAAUCAGGCCUCUUAAAUUGAUACUUACUGUGAUGAAAUUGUGUUAAUGGUGAAUUUACGCACAUUUAUUUGCAAUUAAAUCAUACCUAAACAGUG